CUUUUUUUUUCUUUUUUUUUUUCCCUUCUCUUUUUGUUCGGAUCGCAUCGCAUACGCUCGUAGGCUCACGUCUCGAGCUCUUCUCUUUUCCAUUCCCUUUUUGUCCCUUUUGUGUGUGUGUGUGUGUGUGUGUGUGUGUGUGUUGUUUUUUUGCACUGAGAUCUACUCCUAAACCCUAGCAAACGCGAAGCUCCGAUUCGAUCGAGGAGGUAAAAAAAUGAAGUGAAUCCAACGGCGGUGGCGAUGUUUGACUAGAGAUACUGCUUACGAGCGCGUUUGCUCUUUCCAAACCGUCGACUUGCGUUGAUGGCCUAGUAUUUUAUAGCCCCAUUUGCUCGUUUUGGUGACGAACUGAUGUUGACCCUGCUAGAUUUCUGAAAAUCCAAACCCUAAUCCGAUCGAGACCUCUUCCUUUGUUGUUGCACCACGCAAAUAUUUGAUCCCUGACCUUCCACUAAUUCAUUAAUAGGCGGAGGCACCAAAACAAUUCAAUCAUCAGAAGAUCAUCACUGUUGCAGCUGGUGGGUGUUGUUGGCAGAUGGGGAAAAAUUACUGCCCGGCCGGUUGAUAUUUGAGGCGGUGAGUGAGAUUGGAGAGGCAUGAAGGGAGUUUCGUGGGGUUUGAUCAUAGGAGUCACGAUCGGAGUGGUGAUCGGGGCGUUGUUGGCCACCGGGGCGCUCUUCUGCUUUAUGUUCCAUAGAAAGCGGUCGCAGAUUGGGAACAGCAGUUCGAGGAGGGCGUCGACCAUUCCUUUCUGCGCGAAUGGUGUUGAUAACCGCUCUGAGUUUUCGGAUUCAACUGCCGGGCAGCAAGAUUCUCCGAAGACAUCUCAAGAGCAGGGUUCGUCGCUUUGGCUCGAAGGAAAUAAGAUGAAGAACUUGGUUUCAGUGUCUGGGGUGCUCAAAUAUUCUUUCAAGGAUUUGCAGAAGGCCACUGGCAAUUUUACAACAUUGAUAGGUCAAGGGGCAUUUGGUCCAGUUUAUAAGGCUCAAAUGUCUACUGGUGAAACAGUGGCAGUUAAAGUGCUUGCUACUGAUUCUAAGCAAGGGGAGAAGGAGUUUCAAAAUGAGGUCCUACUUCUUGGGAGAUUGCAUCAUAGGAAUCUUGUGAACCUAGUUGGCUAUUGUGCUGAAAAAGGCCAGCAUAUGCUUAUAUAUGUGUAUAUGCCUAAUGGAAGCCUUGCUUCCCACUUGUAUGGUGAAAAUCGCCAGUUACUGAGCUGGGAUUUGCGUGUCAGCAUAGCUUUGGAUGUUGCAAGAGGUUUAGAAUAUCUCCAUGAUGGAGCUAUUCCGCCGGUAAUUCACCGUGAUGUAAAAUCUAACAACAUUUUGUUGGAUCGGUCCAUGAAGGCCAGAGUUGCUGAUUUUGGACUAUCGAGAGAAGAAAUGGUUAGCAAUCACGUAUCGCAUAUUAGGGGAACCUUCGGCUAUCUCGACCCCGAAUAUGUAUCAUCAAGAUCGUUUACAAAGAAAAGUGAUGUAUACAGCUUUGGUGUUUUGCUUUUUGAGUUGAUUACUGGGAGAAACCCGCAACAGGGUCUGAUGGAAUAUGUUGAGCUUGCUGCCAUAAAUGCCGAGGGAAGAGUCGGGUGGGAGGAGAUUGUGGAUUCCCGAUUAGACGGAGCAUUUGAUGUAGAAGAACUGAAUGACAUAGCAGCAGUAGCAUACAAAUGUGUGAGCCGAAUAUCAAGGAAACGGCCAUCAAUGCGUGAUGUGGUCCAAGCACUCUCCCGCAUUGUUAAACUAAGGCAUAGCAGAAAGUCUAAUAGCCGUAGGUUAUUGUCGACCGUGGUGGAUGAUGAAUCCACAGAUUUGGAGGCGUAUGACCAUCAAUCUACAGCUCCUGAGCAUCGCAGGGAGGAGUCGAUCGAUAGCAUAUCCGACUUACCCGAUGUUUGAACAGACUCUCAUUUGUUCUUCUUCUUUUUUUUCGGUAAUUCUUUGAUUUUUUUUUUUUCGAUAGCUUUUUUGGUCAUUAUGAACUCUAGAACAGGAGGAAGAUAACUGCUGUAGUUUCCAUGAAGAUGAUUACAGUGACAAUGAGUUGGGUUUCAAAAAUAUUACAUGUUCUUCCCUUCCUUUGCAGUAUAAGGUUUUUAAGUAAUCAUUAACCAUCUGAAAUGAGAAAUAGAAAAUCGAUUGUUUCCAGUUUCAA